GCGCCGUUCCCAAAGUAGGAAGUGACGUUAUUGUGCGACGUGUCAGGAAGCGUCGUUGUCUUCAACAUGGCGGCGCAGCAGACUGAUGUCGACGAGUUAUUCGAUGUGAAAAAUGCCUUUUACAUCGGCAGUUAUCAACAAUGUAUCAACGAAGCCCAAAAGGUGAAGACCUCAACACCGGAAAAGGAGAUUGAAAGAGACACGUUCUUGUACAGAGCAUACGUUGCCCAGAGGAAGUAUGCAGUCGUGAUGGAUGACAUUAAGGCCAACUCUGCACCUGAGCUCCAAGCCGUCCGGAUGUUUGCAGAGUACCUGUCAAGUGAAAUCAAAAGGGAUGCAAUUGUGGAUGAUCUCGACAAGAAAAUGGCAAAGAGCGUAGAUGCUGCCAACACCACAUUCCUCCUCAUGGCAGCUUCCAUAUACUACCAUGCAACAAACACUGAUGCUGCACUUAGGACUCUGCAUCAAGGGGAAAGCCUGGAAUGCAUGGCCAUGACAAUUCAGGUGCUGCUGAGUCUGGAUCGUGUUGACCUGGCAAGGAAGGAGCUGAAGAAGAUGCAAGAGCAGGAUGAGGAUGCCACGCUAACCCAGCUAGCCACCGCAUGGGUUAAUUUAGCUGUGGGCGGAGAGAAGCUGCAAGACGCCUACUACAUUUUCCAGGAGAUGUCAGACAAGUACUCCUCAACUUUGCUGCUUCUCAAUGGGCAGGCAACCUGCUACAUGGCUCAGAACAAGUGGGAGGAGGCCGAGGGAGUGCUACAGGAGGCACUUGACAAGGACAGCAGCCACCCUGAGACGCUGAUCAACUUGGUAGUGCUGACUCAGCACCUCGGAAAAGCCCCUGAGGUGACCAAUCGGUACCUCUCUCAACUCAAAGAUGCACACCGGGCCCAUCCGUUCCUCAAAGAUUAUUUUUCCAAGGAGAAUGAGUUCGACAGACUUGCAAUGCAGUAUGCUCCCACCGUCACCGCAUAAUGGCCCUCAAGUUAACUUUCUACUUUUCUUCCAAUCUUAACUGUGCAUACCUGGUUUCCUUUUGAUAUUGUAUAUGACGACAUUGUGUUGAAAUGAAAUCUACAACACCUGAUGGAUGGAACUUCCUGUAUUCAUUCUAGAUGUACUUAAUGAUCAAAUACUUCCAAAGAUGAUAACGUUACUUUCAGAGAGGUAUUAAUUUAACAUAUUUUUAUCGUAGUUGUAGUUUGCAGUUGUGUCGUAAUGGAUUCAGGACUGUGUGUUUAUGUAUGUGUGUUAAAGACCUCACUUUGCGCCACGCUACAUCAGUCCCUUUUCAAGUAUUGUGGCUGGCACGUGUGGCCACUGGUAAAAUUUUGCUGAAUUAGAAUAGAUGGCAGCAGAGGCGCUUUCAUUGUCAGAACAUACGCGCGGAGUGUCCCAACAAUCUACUGCUAUACCCGCUAAUAAUACAAGGAUAAGAUGACUGUAGACUCCUACGUGAUUUGAGAAAAAUUAAAAAUCGGUGUUCGUACUGGUCCUUGAAA